AUGAAUAUGUUGGAUGAUGAAGAUGACCAAAGCUUUCACGCUACGCGUGACGGCUACUCCCAUUUGAGCGAUGUCGAAUGGGAUGCGGUUGAACGAAUGGGUUCGACCAUGGGCAUCCAUGCUGUUAGCGUCAUGCUAGAGGCUCUCAAUAGAGAUGCCCAACAUGCUACCAUCGCCAAGUUCAUUCAAAAUGAACUUGACGCAGAACGCGAGAAAGUAGCCUUGCUUCACCAACAAGGUUCUCAACAAGCAGUGUUGUUGAGAGAACAGGGUGCUCAACAGUUUGAACUGUUGAGACAGCAGCAGGCUGCUGCUGGUGGGUUGAUGCAUUCGCGUCGACCCGAGACUUUAAAGAUUGACAUCUCCAAGAAUAGGGGAGUCGAAGAAGACCCCCUCUUGAGAUAG